AUGAAUCUUAAUGCUGAAGCUGAAGAGAAACAAAAAGGUUGUCUUCCCUCCCUUGUUAGUAGCACUACUCAAACAAAGCGUUUGGUUAUCGUUGGAUCAGACUACUAUAAUCACGAAAAACAUUCACUGAAUAUUCAUUCUAGUGUUCCUCCGAGCUCGUUGAUAUCCAGUUCACAGCAAACUCAAUCUCCCUCUAUGUUGUUUCCUCCGGUUAAUCAGAGUGUGGCAGCUAUUGUGUUUGGGGAUGGGCCAGAAUCACAACUUCAUCCAUUGACAAAGAGAAGAUCAGAAGCAGCCAUACCAAUCGCAGCGCGUUACAGACUGAUUGAUGCAGUUGUGAGCAACUGCAUUAGCAGUAAUAUACACAGGAUAUAUGCUCUAACACAAUUUAACUCGACUUCUCUCAAUUCCCACGUUUCCAGGGCUUAUUCUGGACUUGGUUUUGGAAACGAGGGGUUUGUUGAAGUAAUUGCAGCAUAUCAAGGCCCUGAUAAUAAAGGGUGGUUUCAGGGAACUGCUGAUGCUGUUAGAAGAUGCCUGUGGCUGCUGGAAGAGUAUCCAAUGUCUGAGUUUUUGGUCCUUCCUGGUUACCAUCUCUACAAAAUGGACUACCAGGAACUGAUUAAGGCCCAUCGAAACAAUAAGGCAGACAUUACUAUUGCAGCAUCAGUUGCUAGGAGAAUUCAUGAUCCCGGCUUUGGCUUUUUAGAUGUGAAUUCUGAGAAUCAAGUUCUGGAAUUCAGAUUGAAGUUGGAGAAGGCGAAAGGCUCAAGGAAAUCCAACAAUACUGCUCCAAGUAGCAUCACAAGUAUGGGAAUCUAUCUCAUCAACAUAGAUACAUUGAAAAGGCUCCUAGAAGAACAUUUUCCUGAGGCAAAUGACAUUAGGAGUGAAGUGAUUCCAGGUGCCGUAUCUCUUGGAAUGAAGGUUCAAGCUUAUGCAUUUGAUGGAUACUGGGAGGACAUGAGGAAUAUUGGAGCAUUCUACGAAGCAAAUAUGCAAACUACAAAGAGUACAGACGUGGGAUAUAACUUCUAUGAUAGAGAAAGUCCAAUCCACACUUUGCGUCAUUGUCUGCCUCCAACUCUUAUAACUGAUUCUGUCAUAACAAAUAGUGUAGUUGGAGAUGGUUGCAUUCUCAAUGGUUGCAGGAUCAAAGGUACAGUAAUUGGUAUGAGGUCAACAAUUGGAAUUGGGGCAAUAGUUGAGGAUUCAGUGAUCAUGGGUUCAUCUUUCUAUCAAGCAGAAGAUAGUGAAAACAGUAAAGUUACAGACAUUCCCAUCGGAAUUGGUGAAGAUACUCGAAUAAGGAAGGCUAUUGUAGACAAGAAUGCAAGGAUUGGCAAAAAUGUAGUGAUCAUUAACAAAGACAAUGCCCAGGAAGGGGACAGAGAAGCUGAUGGCUAUGUCAUUCGUGAGGGAAUAGUAGUCGUUCUUCGAAGUGCUGUAAUCCCGGAUGGCACCGUUAUAUGA